GCUACUACUAAUCCUGAAGCAGAAAUCGAUCCUACUGCCGAUACUACCACUACUACUGAAGAAAAAAACUCUGCGAGUGCUGAUGAAAAUAAAACUGAGAGUAACACAUCCACAACCAAAGACACAACCACAACUUCUAAAGCUACUACAGAAGAAAAUACUUCUGCUUCAACAGCGAACGAUGAUACCUCUUCGGAGUGGGAACAACGCAUCUCUAGGUCACGUAAAAUGGCAUAUUAUUACAAUCGAGUGACCAAAGAAAGUACCUGGGAUCUUCCCAAGGGAGUUGAUCCAAGUAAGAUUAAAAACUACGCUGAACAUCAAAACCUCGAGCAAGCUGGCGGUAAUGUGCAACAGCAACAAAUACGUGCUAGUCACCUGUUGGUUAAGCAUAAAGAAAGCAGACGACCCAGUUCCUGGAAGGAACCUAAUAUCACACGCACAAAGGAAGAAGCGCUGAAGCUAAUUGAAGGUUAUCGACAACGAAUUAUUUCUGGUGAGACCACCUUAGACGAUUUAGCUAAGAUCGAAUCUGAUUGUUCUAGUGGUAAGCGCGGAGGAGAUCUCGGGCACUUUGGAAAAGGGCAGAUGCAGCCGAGCUUUGAGGAAGCUGCUUUUAAGCUUGAGGUCGGUCAAUUGAGUGAACCAGUGUGGAGCGACAGUG